AUGGCUCUGAAAGAAGCCCCUGGGUCCGGGACAUACGGAAAUGUCAUACCUGCCCUCGACUGCUUAUGUAAUGGAAGAGAGAAACUUCUAUCAUGUGGCUUCGUAUCCCCCAUCCGGAGGCUGGUGUUCCCCAAGGCCGCACGCCGAGCAGCCUUUCGGAGCAGUGUGAGCCGCCGGCCCCUGCACUCCAUGCCCCUCUAUCCCCCCGACUACCUCAUCGACCCCCAGAUUCUGCUGUGUGACUACCUGGAGAAAGAGGUCAAGUUCCUGGGCCACCUCACCUGGGUCACCUCCUCACUGAACCCCUCCAGCCGGGACGAGCUCCUGCAGCUGCUGGACACGGCCAGGCAGCUGAAGGAGCUGCCGCUGAAGACCACGGCGGAGCAGGACAGCAUCCUGAGCCUGUCGGCCCGCUGCCUGCUGCUCACCUGGCGCGACAACGAGGAGCUCAUCCUGCGCAUCCCCACUCACGAGAUCGCCGCCGCCUCCUACCUGCAGGACGACGCGCUGCACCUGCUCGUGCUUAAGACCGGUCUGGGCGUGGACCCGGUGCCGGCCGGCGUAGACGCCAGCCCCGGCGGCGCGGGGCGCGACCCGGGCCCGCCGGGCGCGGCGCCCGAGAAGCGGCGGGUGGGCACCACGGAGCGGCGCCACACCAUCUGCAGCCUGGACUGGCGGAUGGCGUGGGGCGGGGCCGCGGGCGCCGAGGCCCGGGCCGGGGGCGGCGGCGGCGGCAGCCUGGAGCGCCAGCGCGCCGGGGCGCGGGCGUCUGGCAGCUGGGAGCGGCGGCAGACGUUCAGCGGCAGCUGGGAGCGGCGGCACGGCGGCGGCGGCGGCGGCGCGGGCAAGCCGGGCGGCAGCUGGGAGCGGAGGCAGGCGGGCGGCGGCAGCUGGGAGCGGCGCCACCCGGGCUCCAACCCCCUGGACCCGCAGGACCCCAGCCCCGACGCCUACUGCAACCUCGUCAUCCUGGCUGUGGCCAACAGGGAUGCUGCCGAGGAGUCCUGUGCCCUCAUCUGUCAGGUCUUCCAGAUCAUCUACGGGGACCAGAGCAUCGAGUGCGUGGACCGGGCCGGCUACCACUACACGUCCACACCCGAACGGCCCUGGCUCUGCAGCCGCAGUGACAGCUGCCGCACGGACGGGACUUACGCCUACGACGCCGACUUCAGCUGCUGCAGCUCCUUCAAUGGCUCCCAGGACACAUUUGAAGCGUGUUACAGCGGCACGUCCACACCCUCUUUCCAUGGCUCCCACUGCAGCGGCAGCGACCACAGUGGCCUGGGCGUCGAGCAGUUGCAGGAUUACAUGGUCACGCUGCGGAGUAAGCUAGGGCCCCCUGAGAUCCAGCAGUUUGCGCUGCUGCUGCGGGAGUACCGGCUGGGGCUGCCCAUCCAGGACUACUGCGCCGGCCUGCUGAAGCUCUACGGAGACCGGCGCAAGUUCCUCCUCCUUGGGAUGCGGCCCUUCAUCCCGGACCAGGACAUCGGCUACUUCGAGGGCUUCCUGGAGGGCGUGGGCAUCCGCGAGGGCGGCAUCCUCACCGACAGCUUCGGCCGCAUCAAGCGCAGCAUGAGCUCCACGUCGGCGUCUGCCGUGCGCAGCUACGACGGCGCGGCCCAGCGGCCCGAGGCGCAGGCCUUCCACCGGCUGCUGGCCGACAUCACGCACGACAUCGAGGCGCUGGCCCCUGACGACGACGAAAGCACGGACGAGGAGGCGCGGGGCUCCCCGGGCCAGGGCGACGCGGCCGAGGACAACUACCUGUAGCCUGUAGCCGUGCGGGCCCGCAACCCUGCCUCUGGGUCCCUCACUCUCUCGCCUGUGGGCCCCAUCCCCAGGGCCCCCUCUUGACACCCGGACGCCGGGCCUCCACUCCCGUCCCCGCCCUCGGGGCUCUGGCCCCUGCAGUACCGAGAAUGUCCUGCAGGGGGCGGCACCCUAAAGUCCUGGGCAGUCGCCCGAGGCUCAGCAGGCCGCCCUGCCAGGUGCGGGUGGGCUGCGUCCUUCUUUGUCCCGCUAGUCUCGAGGCUCGGCCCCGGGACACCGCCUCCUCCCCGCGACUCUGCGGCUUUCUGGAGGCCAAGGGAGGGAUGAAGAGUGGGCUCCACCUGCUGGCCGACUGAGAAAAGAGUUCCUAGAGCCCAGAGACGUCUAUUCCCCCUGUUUUACAGUGGGAGAAACUGAGCUUCACAAGAGGAGAAGGGACUUGAGGGAAUCUCUUAUCUCAUUACCUCAAACUGACCAUACUAAAUAGUGUAGAGGGUCUUUUUAAGCCUCUAAAUGGCAGGGUCUCCCCUCCCCUGAUGGCAGGAAUUGGAUUAUCAGUGUGGAAUGGAGGUUUUUCUCUACUGGGAGUUGACUCAGGAGUUCUGACCUGGGUCCCAGUCCUGGCCCUAAGACUGAACAAGUUGUUUGUUCAGAUCUUGGAUUGGGAGCCACACAGACCCAGGCCUCCUGUCUAGUUAGUGUCCUGGCCUCUCUGGGCCUCCCGUUCCCUCAUCUGUCUGAUGAGAUGGGCCCACCUACCUCCCAGGGUGGUCGUGGGGAUUAACCAAGGCCAAGACCUUAGUGCUGGGUCUAGCACAGGAUAGGUGCUCACUAAAUGCUGUUCCCUUCCACAUCUCACACUUCCUGACUCAGUUUACCUGUCUUUACCCUGUGUGCACUGGAAUGGGAAAUGAGAUGGGAGUGAGAUGUAAGAAGACCCUCAGGGAGCUCAUGGUUUGGGAAGAAGAAAUAGGACUUGCCCCUCACAGCUCUGUUACAGCCUGGCUCCAUGCUCAAGUCCCAAACAAAAAGUACCCAAAAUUCCACAGACAGCUAUCUCAGGGAUCUGGGGUAGUCAAAGAAAUCUGAAGGCAGGGUUGGAGAGGGAGAGAAGGCAGGAUAAGGACACCCUGAGUAAAGGCUCCGAGGGUAAAAGAAAUAAGCCCUGAGAGGAGGCCGGAGACUCUCAUAGAAGAGCUAAAAUUUGUAAAACUUUACAGAGACUUCCGUGGCCAGAGACAGGGUACAUACCAUGAGGUAGGUACUAUUAUCAUCAAUUUUAAAGUAAUAUUAUCGGGGCCGGCCCUGUGGUGUAGUGGUUAAGUGCGUACGCUCCUCUGCUGGUGGCCCGCAUUCAGAUCCCGGGUGCGCACCGACGCUCUGCUUGUCAGGCCAUGCUGUGGCGGCGUCCCAUAUAAAAUGGAGGAAGAUAGGCAUGGAUGAUAGCCCAGGGCCAAUCUUCCUCAGCAAAAAGAGGAGGGUUGGCAUGGAUGUUAGCUCAGGGCUGAUCCUCCUCACAAAAAUAAAUAAGUAAAUAAAGUAAUAUUAUCAUUAUUAGGGCUUCAGGUCCAGAGAGUUCCAUGAUUCAUACUCAGUUUGUGGCAAAUGACCAUACCAUCAUAACUGGUCCAUGCAAGGCCCUUCUGAUGUUUUGUUUUAUCUUCCCCUCCAUCUAUACAUUCCCCAUACUCCUUCCACUCCCCACCAUGCGCACCCACUCCUAUGUGUUGACAUAUGUCCCUGGACGUACAAUUCACAUGCUAUGUGUAUGUGUUUACCCUGCAUAAAUGCUGUUUGUAAGG